AUGACCACCUCCAACACCGGCAUAAUGGACACAACGCACGGCUCCGAAACCGACGAAGAAGACAACGAGGACGAGGCGCAAGAGUAUCUCAACAAGAUGACCGACGACACAAAUCGAAAAGUCGAAACCGUAUUCGGCAAAGGCGUCGAAGUGUGGAAAUCGUUCAACGGCACUAUCUACGCCGAUGUAAACGACAAGGUCAAGAGGAAACAGCGAGACGAAGAGGUGUGGGGGAAAAAGAGGAAACGUGGUGUCGCGGACGGGCAGGGGAAAGUGUUGGAACAGCGAUUUGAUUCCCUGCGGAACUCGACGUCUUCUUCUAGUUCUACCUCUACUGCUGCUUCUACGCCAACACGAGACCUACCGCAGACGUCGCAAUGGGAGAACUUUCAGGUGCGGCCGUCUCAAGAAGCGGAUUUCCCUGCUGCACCCUUGGAGUAUAAGUCUCUGUCGAAGACGAUGUCAGGGCCUAGAGGUACGGGUGCAAGUAUGCCUGGCAGCUUCGAUCGGCCCAUCAAGCCGUUACCAGCACGUGUACACCAGAUGGAGGCGGUUCAGACGACGGACAAUACGUCCACAUCACCGCGGUCAGAUCUAUCAAACUCCCAGGUACAACCCGUCACUCCUCCGCCCUCUACGCCAACAAGCUUUCUCGGCAGCAUGCUAGGCGGGGCUCGCAGGGUGAUAUCAGGGUCUUUUGGUAAUUUCGAAAGUACACAGGCGGACCGAUUUGAUGAGCGGAGGUAUAGGCUGUUACCAGGAAGCUUCUGUGAGGCUGGCGAGAAGCAGAAUGUCGAUGAUGGAGAAGAAGAUCGAGAUGCGAAGCAUGACAAAGUGGAAGGAAGACCUUGGCUGAGGAAGGGGUAG